AUGGAAUACAACGGCCACAUCUGCAAACUGACUGUGUACUCCGAAAAUCUCCCCACAGCCAUCAUCCUUCGCGACCUUCGUCCACCACUGUGGAGUUUACAAUGGGUUCGGUCCGACAUGACUGAUGACAGCCUGAACACGGUUGUCCGACCAUUGACUGGUAUCAAGACAAUCAUCCUUCAGGGUACCAGUAUCUCAGAACAGGUUUCCCUUCCUUCGUCGGCUUCAGAUGUUGCGUUGAUAAAUGCUUCUUUCACAGAGGAAGCUCUGAUGAGUGUCUUACCCACAAAUGGAUCGUUGGAGAUAGGAGGAAGUCAAACUGAAUUCUGA